UUGAACAGAUACUACAGCGUCCACAGCCCACUGCACGCCAGAUCUUUCUUCACGGCCAGCAGAAUGAUUUGCAUGAUAGCUGUGGUGUGGGUCGUGUCUUCUGCACUAUGUUUGCCGUUAUUUUUCAUGAACACAACUAAGACGCUUUCCCUUCUAGACGGGCUGCAUACAGUGACCGUGUGCGUGGAAAGCUGGUCUAAAGUCAAACUGCGCCAGGGUUACAACUUUUUACUCUUCUGCGCGUUGUAUGGAUUCCCGGUGGUCUUUAACCUGAUCAUUUGCUUCCUGACCGGUUGGAAGUUGAGUAGAGGAGGCACAGCAUCAAUAUCAGAUCCCAACCAGCUCGCGCUGACCUCUUCAACAUCGCGCCUGAAAACGCGCAAGAGGAUCGCCAAAAUGGUCUUUGCGCUCGUGCUACUUUUCACCUUCUCCUGGCUGCCACUCUACGCCGUGGACAUCUGGAUCGAUUCCAACAUCCCCAGCUCUCCUGAUCGAAACGAUGAGCUGAGCAACGUUGAGCAUCACUGGAUUCUCCAGAGCAGACCUUUUGCGCAAUGGCUGGGUCUCACCAACUCAUCCCUCAAUCCCCUCUGCUACUGCUUUGUCGGAAACUUGUACAGAUCGGCCAAAAGGUUCAGAGAAAGCUACAGAGAGAAGAUGUCAUCUGUCUUGAGCCUGACCAAUAAAUCUUCAAUUAGAAAUUCUGCGUCUAAAAUCCAGCAGCGCAACUCUGGCUCAUCCAGGAGAUUUGCGUCGGAAACAAGGAGCUACCCUGUUUUCAAGCUGACCAGAAGUAAAAGCUUGUCUUCGACUACCGUGUGUGAGAGUAUUUGA